UUGGGUCGUAAAACAUAGUAGUGUGUCAAAAUCCACCUCACAAAGAACUGUGUUGACGACCCAAAACAGAGCCGACCGAAAAGCUGGUUUUCUCAGACGAGCACAAAGCCACCGUCUUUGCUGCAGAACCAAGAGAAAGAGGCGAGACGAAAAAAAGGGUGAAGAGAAUGGGGAAGAAGGAAGAGAAGGAGAAGAGAUAGACCGGAAGCUCUUGACUAAAACAACACAAGUGGAAGCCUCAGCUCUAUUUGAACAGUGCAAAUUACUUAGCAGCAACAGAGAAAACCUCUCUGCCAAAGCUAAGUAAAGUUUAAGGUACAUUAAGGAAGGGUCAGCAAAUAGCAUUGAAAAGACUUUCAAAACCUUCAAACCAAGGCCUUGAAGAGUUUCAAAACGAGCUUACACUUACUGCAAUACAGCACCAUGUGAAUCUGGUUAGAGGGAAUAAAAGAUGCUGAUAUAUGAGUACACGCCAAACAAAAGCUUGGAUCACUACGUCUUUGGUCAUAUAAAUUAUAGCAGAACCCAGCAGUUGUACAGGGUUCUAGGAUGGAGAAAAGCAGUGGCAAUAGAGCAAACCAGAUUUUUUGGAGCAUAGUUAGUUUCUUAAGGAGAUGUCUUUUUCUUGUGAUUUGUGCUCGUCCUAUACCUCAUCACAUUGCCUUCAUCAUGGACGGAAAUAGAAGGUAUGCUAAAAAGCGGAAGUUGAUGGAAGGGACUGGACAUAGGGUUGGUUUUGUAGCUCUCAUGUCCAUGCUCAAGUACUGUUAUGAGUUGGGUGUGAGAUAUGUAACAAUAUAUGCUUUUAGUAUUGAGAACUUCAAAAGGCAACCUGAAGAGGUUCAAUCAUUGAUGGACCUGAUGCAGGAGAAAAUUGAAGGGUUAAUUAAAGAAGAGAGCAUAGUUAAUCGCUAUGGAGUUAAGGUGCACUUUAUUGGGAACCUAAAACUCUUGAGCGAACCUGUCAGGUUGGCUGCAGAGAGGGCUAUGGUGGCAACUGCAAAUAACUCUAGAGGAGUGCUAUCAAUAUGUAUUGCCUACACAUCUACUGAUGAGAUUGUGCAUGCCGUUCAAGAGUCAUGUGAAGAAAAAUGGAAUGAAAUUAGUGUAUUGAAUGCUAGUGGAGCUGGGUAUGGUCUAGAUAAAUUUGGAGAGAAUGAGAAGGAUGAAAGGGAAAACAUUGUAAAAUUGACAGAUAUUGAAAGGCAUAUGUAUAUGGCAGUUGCUCCGGACCCUGAUAUAUUAAUUCGUACUUCUGGGGAGACCCGCUUGAGCAACUUUCUUCUGUGGCAGAGUGCAUACUGUUGUUUGUACUCUCCCUCCGUGCUCUGGCCUGAGAUUGGAUUUCGGCAUUUUGUUUGGGCAAUCUUGAACUUUCAGUGUAACCGCUUAUAUCUGGAAAGAAAAAAGAAACAGUCAUAACUCUGUUGAAUGAUCUCUGCUUUUAAUGGACUACCAUUCAGUGUAACAAAUACAGAUUAAAUGCAGGCUGGUACAGUUUUUUAGUGCUCUUGCCUGUAGUUCUUACCUGAGAUUGUAAAAUGAUAUCAGCUGUAUUGUAAGAAUUUUUUGCUCAACACAGUAGCAUAGAUUUUGGUCUGUGAUAUAUUGAUUU